GCCCAACGACAACCGACGACAACAUCGCCCAACCCGACGACAACAAUGGCGAAGGAACAGUCCACCCGCACCGGCCUUGCCGUCGGCCUCAACAAGGGUCACAAGACCACCCCUCGCGUCGCUAAGCCCCGCAUCUCUUCCCAGAAGGGCCGCAUCAGCAAGCGCACCACCUUCGUCCGCGAGGUUGUCCGUGAGGUCUCUGGCCUCGCCCCCUACGAGCGCCGCGUUAUCGAACUCCUUCGCAACAGCAAGGACAAGCGCGCCCGUAAGCUCGCCAAGAAGAGGCUCGGAACCUUCGGCCGCGCCAAGAGCAAGGUCGACGAGCUCCAGCGUGUCAUCGCUGAGUCCCGCCGUGCCGCCCACUAAAUGCUUUCACGACUCGAAGUGGGUUGGUCUGGGAAGUUGAAUAGGGGCAUCUGGGUUUCGGCGUGCGGGCGACAAAAUGGCAGCGGUCCUACAGAAGAAAAAAGAGGACCCCUCAUGGCAUUUUCCGCUGAGGAAAAUACAACGGUUUACUGCGGCUUUCACGGAGUGGCGGCUAGCAGGUCAUGAGAAAUACCAAUACCAACGAUUUCAGCAAGGAAAUUCCAGCUUGCGCCUUCAUUCUCU